AUGAGAAACUCAAGUUCUAACUAUUCAUUAUAAAGAGAUUUCUAAAAGCUAGAAUCAAGAAUUGAUAGUAUUGAAUUAAGAAAUAAAAGUGGAAUAAGGAAUAAUAAAAAAGAAGAGACUGGAUAUUCAAGAAUAGAUAAUAAAGAAAAUUAUUCAAUCUAAACAACAAAAAAUCAAUUAUUUUCAUAUGGUGCAAAAUAUUAACAUAAACUUUAAAUGCAAAAAUCUAAGGUAGAGAUACCUGUAAUUGAAGUCAAAAGAGUAGAUGAUAAAAAAAAGUUGAGUGUAAUUUUCAAAUUUUAUGCAUCUUUUGGAGACAGAACCAAUAUUGAUUAUAUUAGAUCAAAUAAAAUACAUAAAUUAAUGUCAGAUUCAUAAAUAAAACUUCAAAAAUAAGAUUAAUAAUAUAUUGAUUUACUUUUUGUUAAAGCAAAUAGAAAUAAACCAAAUAUGGAUUUUGAAAACUUCUAUUAUUUUUUAGAAUUAUUAUCUGAAACUUUAUAUGGAGAUGAAAAUUCCUUUUAAAUAUUAAUGGAUAAUCAUUUGACUCCAUUAUAUGAGAAUAUUAUCUCUUCAACAGAUUUAGGUGAUGAGGAAACUAAAUUAUCUUAAGAAAUUGAUCCAGUUUGCCUCAAAUUAAUAUAAGUUGUUAUUUAACCAAUUACCUUUAUUUAUAAUAAAUAUUUUCCUCCUUAAUUUAAAAAUUUCAAUUUGAAAGAUUAAUAAGAAGAAUUAAUGUUGAAAUAGUAGAUUCGAUCAUCUCUAUUUUUAUUUUUAAAAGAUUUUGAAAUUUGUCCUUAAUUCAUUACCAAAGGCUCUGCUUAUCUUCUUUUAGAUUAUAUAUAAGCAGAUCCUAAUUUACCUUAAAUUUAUUAAUAAAAAAAAUAAAAAUCAAAAUUUGAUAUUAAUUAAUUUUGUUGUUAUAUUAUUAAAUUAGCUACGAUGACACUUUAAAGUUUUGAUGAUUCCACACAAGAAUAAUAAAUGAUAACUCCAUUAUAAAAAUUAGCAUUUUUAUUUGAACGAAUGGAAUUAAGUCAAGGUUUUAAUAAUUUAGAAAUACCAUCAAAUAAUUCUAAAUUAAAUUGGAAAUUAAAAGUACCAGAAGAACUUAUAGAAUUAAUAAUUAGUGAUCCUGAUGCUAUUUAAUAUUUGAACUCUACUACUUAAAGAAUGAAAAUUCAUCAUUUAAAAAAUGAAGAAUUCUAUGAUGAAUAAGUUAAAAGAAUUAAUACAGUACCUACUAAUAGAAUAAGACCAUCUAUUUAAAUUAAUAAAUAAUUUGAGGAAUAAUGUUAAUAAUUAUUUUAAGAAAAUUAUACAUAAUUAUUUAAUAUCUAUAGAUAAUAUUCAGGAAUUAAUUAAUAGACUGGAUAAGAUAAUGAAUUGGUUGGUAGUAAAUGGAUGAAAUUCUUAAAAGAUGCUAAUUUAGUUAAUAUAAAUUUAAUUGAUAAAAAUAGUAAAUUAUCUUAUUAAGUACCUCAUAAUGAAAUUGAUCUAAUUUUUACCAAAGCUUGUACAAUAUCUCAAAAUAAUAGAACAUCAGUUCCUAUAAAAUAAAAGAAAUAAACAAUGAAUUUCUUAUAGUUUUUAAAAGGUCUCUAAUUACUCAAUAAUGAUAUUCAUGUAUUAAGAAUCAUUUUAAAUGAUCAUGUAUUAAAUUUAAUGAGUCAAGGACCAGAAAAUAAAAUGAAAGAUCUCCUCUCUUAAUUAAUGAAUAUAUUAAAGGAUAAAGAAAUAGUUGAAUUUUUAGGAUUGCUACAUAAAUCAAUUUUAGUAUAUUAUAAAUAAUACACUAUUGGUAAAUAGAUUAUGAAUUUUGAAUAAUUUUUAAGAUUUUACAAAGUAAAUAUAUAUAUCAUAAUGAAUUAUUAGGAUUUUUCGAUAUUCCCUGAUUUAUUGACCAAAAAUAAGAUAGUUUAAAUAUUUUAGAUAUUGUCUAAAUUAUAUGAGAAUUAAGAAAAUUCAAAUAUCAAAAGUGGCCAUAUUGAUUAACAUAUGUUUGUAGAAUCUCUUGCAUUAGCUGCCUUAGAAAUAACAUAUAAUGAUGAUGAAAAUUUAAGUUAGAUAGAAAAAGUAAUAAUUAUAGAAAUUAUUAUUUUAGAUAUAUUUUUUAAUAGAGAGAUUAAAUUAAUCAGAAGGUCCUAGGAUUGUUUAGAAGUAAUUGGGACAUACAACGUAAAAUUAAAUAUUAAAUAAUAUAGUUGUCCUUCUGGCCAAGAUUGGGAUUUAUUGUAUUAUAUCAAAAAGAGGUUUUCAUGGUUGAUUUAAUAAUAAUAAGAAUAACUUUCUUAUUAAUAAUGA